AUGGUUGUAACUAUUAUUAAACAUAAACCUCGAAAUAAGAGAAAAGCUCUCUCGGCCUUGAAAGAUGAAAAUGGCGGUAAGAAAUCCAAAUUGUCUGAAUAUUCCAGUAAGCAAGCUGUGGAUGAUAUAAUUGAAUUUGUGGAUGAUAUGUCUAACCCAUUAUAUGAACUGCUGUCCAAUGAUUUCAAAUCGAAAAAAGAAUUCACUGUGAAUGAUAUUGCAAUGAUCUUUAAGUCGCUGGCUGAAACGAUUCUCAAGCUUCAAUCCCAAAACACAAUGUUGAAAAACCAAAACUGUAUUCUAAAUGCCAAUUUGUCGAAUCUUACGGAAAAAGUUGACGGCUUGGAGGAGAAUCUCAAAUUGUUACCAUCUCAACCUAAAGAAUCACCAAAACCUCCUACUACAUUAAUUAAAACUUUUGCUUCAGCUGUCGCCUCAACCAUCUCUGCUCCAGAAUCCCAAAUCACUUUCAUGCGAGCUGCCUCAUUGGCUAACUCUGAAGAUGCACGGAAAUCGAAUGUGAUCAUCAAAAAUAUCGACCUUUCGGAAGAAGCUAUUGAGAAAGCUGAAUUCGCCUUUAAAAUUGCCAAGAACUGUGGUACUUCGACGCCAUCGGUUUUUCGCAUACCUCAUCCGGCCAAAGGGCCGCCGAUUGUGCGCCUGGCAUUCAAGUUCAAGGAGGAAGCAAGAACUGUCCUCACCAAAUUCAACUCAAUCAAGGCUUCAAUACAGGGGUGCUUGAAUGCGUCUCCCCGCCCAGACCUCUCCAAACCAGAACUCGAGAAAUAUCGACAAUCCUGGAAAACGGUGAUCCAAAAGAACAACGAGGCAGGUCAAACCAUUUAUACGGUUCGCAAUCUGGAAGUCGUCAAAGUUGUCUACAGAGAAAAUCAAGAGCCGUGGCCAUGGGCCAAAAAACACUCGAUCCCAGAAAAUUUCUAA